AUGGUUCAACUCUCAACUACACUCUGUGCGCUUGGUGCUGUAGCUACCCAAGCCGCAGCAGUCUCCAGAUGCUCCCCUUCCAACCUCCCCAAACCCACCCUACUUGGAGCUUCUAUCCUCGACGUUCAAGCCGAACCAGUUCACAACUAUUCAGCUGUUAGUCUUGGCCCGGGAUCAAAUGAGGGAAAGAAGUACACCAUCAACUUCUGCAACGUCACAGUCACAUACACUCAUCCUGGUUGGAAUGACACGAUCAACACCCAGGUCUGGCUACCCCUCGAGGGCUGGAAUGGCAAAUUCCAAGCUUUGGGUGGUGGAGGCUACAGUGCUGGCUUUGGCGCUACCUACCUCACAUACGCCGUCGCCCAAGGCUUCGCAUCUGCCUCUACCGACGGAGGGCAUGACGUGGGAACCGACGCUGUUCCAACUGAUCUCACCUGGUCCCUGAAAAGCAAAAAUAAUCUCGACUGGUAUCUUUUCGAGGACUAUGCCUACAAGGCUACAAAUGAUAUGGGAGUGAUUGGAAAGCAGAUAACCAAGUCAUACUACAAGAAGUCUGCCAAAUACUCCUAUUUCGCUGGAUGCUCUGGUGGUGGUCGACAAGGUCUCGUGAUGGCGCAGGAAUACCCGGAUGUCUUCGACGGCAUUUUGGCUGUCGCUCCCGCCAUCAACUUGGAAGCCUUCAUUCCCGCAGGCUACUGGGCCGCACAUGUGAUGAACAAGCACUAUACCUACCCAUCUCCUUGUGAAAUUCAGGCUUUCACCAAAGCAGCAGUCAAAGUCUGUGAUCGGUUGGAUGGAGUGGAAGAUGGCAUUAUCAGCUUGCCAAACCAAUGCAACGUCAAGGCCCACGACUUCGUCGGACAAAAGUACACAUGCGACGGAGUGGAGCGUACUCUGAGUGCCUCGAGUGCGAAGGUUAUUCAAGCUGCCUGGUCUGGCUCUGGAAAGGCUGGUUGGCCUGGUGUGAACAAGGAUGCGGCAAUCGAGACCUACUACCUCCCAACAACUUGCACCGGCAAUGGUACAUGCACCGCUGGCGAUAGUUCUUUGCUUGGGAGCUGGUUCAGAUACGCCGUUGCCAAGGAUCCUAGCUUCCCACUUCAAAACAUCACUGAUACUACCUUCUUCGCUAUGCUGCGUGAUUCAAUCCGCCAGUAUGAAGGCAUGGUUGCAACCAACAACCCUGAUUUAUCCAAGUUCAAGGCCCAUGGUGGUAAGAUGAUUACGUGGCAUGGACUUGCCGACGAAGCAAUCCCGCCAAAUGGAACCGUCAGCUACUACGAGGAAGUGCUUAACCUUGACCCUAAAGCUCAUGACUUCUACCGCUUCUUCGAGGCGCCUGGAGUUGGCCAUUGUUAUGGUGGACUUGGCCCAAUUCCCAACGGAGCUAUGUCGCAGUUGAUGGAAUGGGUUGAAAACGACCAUGCUCCUGUCACUCUCCACGCUACUAAGGGAAGCAACGACACCGCUCGUGAUUUGUGCCCGUAUCCACUCCGCCAAAAAUUCGUGGGGGGUGAUCCCAGGAACGCCACAUCUUUCACCUGCGCUAAAUAG